AUGGAUCAACGCAUUGAAGAAAUCACGAGGCCAGUUGAGGAAGUUCCAAAAGAGCCUCCUAAAAAGGCUCCAAGCGAGCGUUUAAAGGAGGCUCCAAAAGAAACUUCAAGCGAGGCUUCAAUUCCUGUCGCCGAUAUGCAGGUAAAAACUGAGCCAGGGGACCAGGCAACCAGUCCCGCCAAAUUCCCACACCUGGAAGUCAGCAUCACAAGUGUCAAGCCAAAUGAGCAACUCCGCAAGGUUCUUCUCGGUCUGAACAAAGUGCACAACAAUGAGGACCCCGAGCCAAAUGAGUUACCCAACAAUCCCGAGCAAGAAUCGCUGGAUCAAACAGACUCGGAGGAAAGCUCCGACAACGAUCAAGCUUCCGAUGAAGAUUACGAAUCUUCCUCGGAUGAUGAAUCUGAUGCUGAUGAAGAGGAACCGUCUUCUGAUGAUGGUUCCGUGUUUGAUCCCAAGGAAUCGUCGACCAAGCCAACAAAAAAACGGCCCUCAAAAGAGCGACAAAAGAAGGCGAGGAAUCCGUUAACCAUGAAUGAGCAGGUCAAGAGCUUGAUGAGCAGCGACAUACUGAGCGCUGCAAAUGCGAAUGCAAUCGAUAUGUACCAAAUCCCUGUUUCCCAGAAAAAGGAUAAGUCAAAAGCGCUCGCGGAGGAGGUUUCGAAGCUUUCAAUUGAGGACCAGCCGCAAGCCAAGAAGGACGCGAACGCACUAAUUGAGUACUCUAAGAGGUUCACUCCUUCAGCGAAAAUUGUGGAUAUGAAUUGGCAGGUCGGCGGACUCAACACGUUGUUGAAACACCAUCAGCUCAAGGCUGCUGCGUGGAUGCAUGACCGCGAAAACUCAACGGAAGAGCCAUAUGGAGGCUUGCUCUGCGACGAGAUGGGCCUCGGGAAAACACUCACAGUUCUCGCAACUAUCGCGCACGAAAAAAUCCCACAUCGUUCACACGCUCCUACCCUACUCGUUGUUCCAAGAAGCUUGAUUGGUCAGUGGAUCAGUCAAAUUAAUGCCCAUUGCGUAUCAAAGAUAAGCGACAGCGUUUUCGAGUAUUGCACCGGUUCACAAGCAAGCCAGAGCGAUACUGUGAAAGCGAUGAAAGCAAAGCGUAUUGUGAUUACCACAUAUGAGCAAAUCUGCAAUUCAUAUCCGAAGUUGAAGCCACCAGUGACGAACAAGUCUCCCGAAGAGCUUGAUGUCUUGAAGGAGAAAGAAUUCAAUCUCAGAGCUGGACCUUUCCAUAAGGUUGAGUGGCACCGGAUCGUCCUUGAUGAAGCUCAUGCAAUCAAGAACAAAGAUUCCGCAACCUCUAUCGCUGUCCGAGCCUUGAAAGGCAAAUUCAAAUGGGCCAUGAGCGGAACACCUUUACACAACGGCGCGGAAGAACUGUACCCAUAUCUUCAUUUCAUCUUUACCUCGGGAAGAAUGGAGUAUGAGACUUUCUUGAAGAGGUAUUCCAAUGGGUUGGACAACAUCCUGGAAACCGUGCUACACCGCAGCACAUACAGUACGCGGCUUCUUGGCAAGCCGAUCGUCACACUUCCAGGAUUCAACAGCCGAGUCGUGGAGGUCGAGCUUUGCGCAGCUGAAAGACUGCUUUACAGGGAAAUCCAGGACCUCGGUAUCGCGAUGAUCGAGGGUACGGCUGAUACAAAACAAAAACAAAGCAGAUGCAUCUUCGCCGUUAUAACAAUGCUGAGAAUGUUUGUGAGCCACCCGCUCCUCAUUCAAAAGUCUCUCGAGGCCGUUCUCAACACAGGUGUCAUUGAAGGGCUCAAAGAUAUGGCACAACUGGAAGGUGUGACCGAGACCACAUCUGGAAUCAUUAUCGACUUGAUUCUCGCUCUGGCAAACAAGAUCGCUUCCCGGCCAAGGCUUCCAGGAAAUUUUUCCGAGCUUCGGGACAUAUAUUACAAAACCAUCGUCCACAUCCGUCUACACGAGGGGAAGUAUCAGGAAUUUCUACGCAGGCAAUGCCCUCGUUGCGAAGAAGUUGUCACAGAAGAUAAGUCAUUUGUUGUCACGUCCUGUCAACACCUUUACUGUAAAGGAUGUUUUGAUCAACUUCCCGACCCAAACGGAAAAAUCGAUACUAUCCCCCGAGUCUGCACCUCCUGCCAGAACCCCAUCGAGGAGGCCGGAUAUUCCGAUGAUGCGCCAGAGAACUCACCAAAGAAAGGCACACCAAAGAAAAGAAAGCAGUCAAAGCCAAAGCCAAAGGGCAAAAAGAUUUUUGACAGCCGAACUCCAAAGUUCUUCAAACAAAAGUACCUACGCAAAGAUCUAUCAGAUGAUGAUUGGGGUGAGCCCAGUGAUGAUGAGGAUGAUUGGAUUUCGCGGGUUGGCGAUAGCAUGCCAUCCGCGAAAACCACAGCGGUUCGAGAACUCGUCACAAACUGGGUGAAAGAGGAUGAGGACGUCAAGAUCGUGAUCUUCGUUCAGUUCCUGAAGACUGUCCGGCUUCUUCAGUACAUGUGUGAGGAAGAGGGCUGGAAAUACACAGUUAUUACAGGCAGGGUAUCUCCCAUCUCGCGUGAUAAGCAAAUCGAGCAAUUCGGCGAGGAGAAGGACAUCAAGAUCAUGAUUUCUUCCCUGAGGACUGGUGGCGUCGGUCUCAAUCUGACUAUGGCUAACAAGUGCAUCCUCGUGGAUCCUUGGUGGAAUGAAGCAAUCCAGGACCAGGCGUACUGUCGGCUGUACCGCAUCGGACAACUGCGCGUUGUGGAAUCGGUCCAGGUUGUGGCCAAAGGAUCCAUUGACGACUAUAUGAUCGAGUUGCAGAAAAGGAAGACCCGGAAUAUCCGUCAAGUGUUCAGUGCAGAGGCGCUCAAGGAGAUCCUUGGUCUCUCUGGGGAAAUCUGUGAAAAGCCAAACGGUGGAUUUUCCAUUUUCAACAACAAGGGAAACAAGCAUGCCAACGCUUGGGUCCGGGUUGUCGAAUCGGGGGUCCUUAACGAGGCGGAAUCUUCGGAAGAAGACUAA